CGCUGAGUGUAUUACGGUAGCCGCAGUGUGAGUCGGUGACCUUGCUGAGGGUUGUGUCGUUACAAUUGGUGCCAUGUACCGGGGUGUGAGUCGGGGUGUAACUGCCGCGCUGUGGAGGGCAGCUCCUCCCGUACUGAGUAGGGUGCAGCCAGCUAUUUGCAUCACAGCUGCUCGAUCGCUUGCAAGCCAGCCAGUAGCGAGCAAAGGCAAAAGUGUCGUCAUUACAGGGUGUGACACUGGAUUUGGAUUUUCCUUGGCACAACACCUGCAUGAAAAAGGAUUCAAAAUAUUUGCAGGAUGCCUGUUAAAGGAUAAAGGUGGGGAAGGGCCAAAGAAGUUGGAGGAUAUGAAGAGUGAUCGGAUGGUUGUUGUCCAGUUAGAUGUUUGCAAAGAUGAAGAGGUGGCAAGAGCAGUGGAGUUUGUGAAAGAACAUUUAACAGAUACUGAAAAGGGUCUUUGGGGUUUGAUUAACAACGCUGGUAUCUCCACCUUUGGGGAAGUAGAGUUCACCACCUUGGAUACCUAUAAGCAGGUUGCAGAGGUUAACCUGUGGGGAACUAUCCGUGUCACCAAAGGUUUCCUUCCCUAUAUUCGUAGAGCAAAAGGUCGUGUGGUUAACAUCACAAGUAUGCUGGGACGGAUGGCCAAUCCUGCUCGUUCCCCUUAUUGUGUCACCAAGUUUGGAGUGGAGGCAUUCUCGGACUGCUUGCGCUACGAGAUGCACCGCUGGGGUGUUAAAGUUAGUGUUGUUGAACCUGGUAACUUCAUAGCCGCUACCAAUCUUUACAGUCCUGAACGUGUCAAAAUGAUCACAGAAAAAAUGUGGAAUGACCUGCCGGACAUUAUCCGUAAGGAUUAUGGGAAGGAAUACUUUGAUCAACAGAUUUCAAAAAUGGAAUCUUAUGUUGGGGGUGGUUCGUCAGACACAUCAAUAGUGAUUAACGAUGUCACGCACGCACUGACCUCUGCAUCCCCAUACACCCGCUACAAUCCAAUGGAUUACUACUGGUGGUUGAGAAUGCAGAUUAUGACUCACUUUCCAGCUGCUAUAUCUGAUCGAAUAUACAUUCAUUGAAGUGAUUAUAAACAGAGAACUCGUAUGUUAAGAAUGCAUUGUACCUUCUUACUGAUCAAAAUAAUAUAUGACGAUUAUGGCAGUGUUUAAAUAUAAUAUUUACACAAUGAAAUCACUGAACAGAAUGUGCUGUUCUAUAAACUCUUGUUAGUGAUUGUCAUGACUUGAAUAUUUCCGGUUCUAACCAAUUACGAUGGUGGUUGUGGCCACUGUUCAGGUACCAAAUUUGCAAAUCUGCUCCAUGAUGACACAGAAGGUUCAAGCCCUGAUCUGGCUUCAGAAAUGCAAUUUUGUCAAUUACUCAGGGAGGCUGUUUCACACCUCAUAACCUUAAUUUUGAAUGGAAGGCAGAAUUAAGUCUUGCUCAAAAAAUGCUGGGGGCAGGUACUUAGAAACUCGAGCAUUUUCCUUAAUGUUUUGAGAAUGCUGAUACCAAUGCCUGUAUUGUACAACCAUCUGCCAACCAGGAGCUAAACUCCACAAGUGUAAGAAAGCAAUUGUAGCUAAGUGGUUUAGAUUUGGUAUAGCAGUCUGGGAAUUGAUUCACUAGUUAUCAGUCUCAUACUUAUAUUGCAUUAGUGUCACAUUACAUAUUUGUUCUGGUGGAAAUUCGAGCACUUUACUACAUUGAAAAACCCAGACUGCACUUUGUUUUCAUGUGACUGCAUAUAUUAAGAUCUGUUCAGGCUCCUUAAAAGACUGAGUUUGAAGUAAAUUGUGUAGAUUUUAUUUUUGACAUGCCUUUUUACACUUAGCCAAGCAUUUUAAUUAGUGUUUUUUUUUAAAUAAGUGGAAUCUCAUCCCCUGAAUUGGUGCUGUAUAACUUACCCAGAUAUCUUGACAUGAGUAUGAUUUGUUUGCAUUUAAGGGAACUUCAGUGAAAUUGUAUAAAUUAACAUUUUUAACAAACCUGAAAGUGCUGAUCUACAGCAUUUAUUUAUUGGAAUUAAAUUGAAAAGUUGCCUUUGUCUCUAUUCUAUAAGAUCACUUCAAAAAUAGUGUUUAAAAAUGUUUUUUGGUUAAUUAUAUGUAAGGUUCCCAGUUGAUUCAUUAGAAAGGAAAUAAAAUUGCACUGAACAAAA